AUGCUGCGUCACGGCGAGACCCUGCUCGAGCGGCGCGGCGGGGCGCCUUGCUCUCCAAGCGCGAGCGGCGACAGCGGCUGCGACACGGACUCGUCCGACCUCCCCACAUGUCUGAGCAGCGAUCUGGACGACGCGGGCACGCCGCCGUCGCCGCUCGCGCCCGCGGGGGGCGGCGACGACGAUCGAGACAGCGCGGCGCCCGACGGCGCCCCGUGCCCCGGCGCCGCCGACGCGAUCGCCGCGGCUGAGAAGGAGGAGGAGGAACAAGACUGCCUUCUGGCCACGGCUGACUACAUAUCCCGCACCAGCCCCGCGGUCAU